AUGCCUUGUGGUGAUGCAUUGAAGCAAGUGGUGGCUGGGUUUAAAGAGAAAUUGGGGUUUCCACAGUGCGUUGGAGCAAUUGACGGUACACAUAUACCUAUAAUCUCACCACAAGAGUGCCCAGCCGACUAUUACAACAGAAAAGGUUGGCAUUCUAUCAUUCUCCAAGGAUUGGUUGAUCACAAUGGUCUUUUCAUGGACAUUUACGUUGGCUGGCCAGGACGAGUCCACGAUGCAAGAGUUUUCUCCAAUUCCUCACUGUUCAGAAAAGGUCAAGAAGGAUCAUUGGUACCCACUUUGACGGAGAUGAUAGAGCAGUGUGAAAUUCCACUCGUGAUUCUAGGUGAUCCGGCAUAUCCACUUUUAAAGUGGCUCAUGAAGGCCUAUCCCGACACAGGACGUCUCACCCUUGAACAGAAGACUUUCAACUAUCGCCUUAGUAAAGCUCGAGUGGUUGUUGAGCAUGCGUAUGGUCGUUUGAAGGCUCGAUGGAGAUGUUUGAUGAAGCGUAAUGACACCAAUAUUUGUGAUAUACCUAACAUUGUCUCAGCUUGCUGUGUUUUGCACAACAUCUGUGAACUUCGAGGGGAAUCAUUUGAUGACGAGUGGAUUGAGAGUGACUCAUCAUUUAGUAUGAUUAGACAGUCGGCAUCUGACUCAGUAGAUAUUAGUGGUGACCAGAUAAGGAGUGCAUUAACACAAUAUUUCAGUACAUGA